CCAACAGCUGAGCGGAGCAGAGAACAAAUUGCUGCUUCUAGCAUCGUUAUUUAAUCGCUGCAGACGAUCGCGCGCGCUUCAGGUGAAAUAUACAAAUUUUGUCUUCAGUGCAGUCUCGUUACAAUCCAAACGGAAUCAUGAAGCUGUUUUCAUGUUAGCGAAUCGUGUAACGCCGCACCAUACCUGUAACCCACUUUUCGAUAAGAUAAGAUAAAAUGCGCUCUUAUCAGCGGUGGAGUACCCCAACCGAUUCAAGUAUAAUGCAACCGGUGCGAUUGGGGCUCUCAUUUCGACGGUGGAUCGCGAUACGAGAUAUUCUAGAAUCGACGUCCGCCCAUCAAAGACGGAAGUGUGUCCCAACAGGAAUCAACGUGCGUUGUGGGAUUAGGAAAUCAAGUGCGCAAAAGUGACUCAUCCCGUGAUCCGUAACGUUCGAAACUCGUGUAGGAAAAUUAGUUCAAUUAUAUCCGCAAGACAGUGACUGCAGCUAGUAAUUAAGUGAAUACCAAGACGAUUGUUAUGUGCGAAUAGAAGAAUUUCCAAUCAACGAUGAAGAUUCUAGUGAAGUGUUCAAUCGUGGCGAUCUGCCUGGGAUUGAUCUUGACCAGCACAGUAGGCGCCGCCGAUGAUGACGACGCCAGCAAAAACAGCACAAGCGACAAAAAAGAUAACUCUACCGAUAGCAAUGCCAAUCAAACAUCCAACAAGGAGCCAAAUCCUCUAUGCAACACGUGCUCCUGCAACGCCAAGGAGCGAACCUUCGACUGCUCCUCGAUGAAGCUGUACAAGCUGUUCAACAUGAGCGACUGGGCUACGUUGAACGACAGCGGAGUCGCCACCGACAAGAUGAUCCUCAGCCGUAACGGCAUCCCAGAAGUGCCUCAAUUUCCCAAGUUCGAUGUCAAAGUGUUGGAUCUGAGCUUCAACAACAUCAGCGUCAUCGUCAAGAAGGCCUUCUACUACCUGAAGGAUCUGGAGGUGCUGGAUUUGUCGCAUAACAUGCUGACUCGAAGAGCGCUCAUUCCGGAGAUCUUCGAAGGAAGCUACAAUCCGGACGAGUACCUACCGAUGGAAAAGUUGCGGGUGCUACGCUUGGGCAACAACGAACUGCACUCGCUGGAUCCGGAUCUGUUCGAGCAUUUGCCCGUCCUGGAGGAGCUGAGCUUGAAGGAGAAUGUGUUCAAGAUCAUCGAUCAGUCGACGGAGGUCGCCAUCGGGAACAUUAUGACCCUGAGGGUGUUGGAUUUGAGCUACAUGGAGCUGUUGGAGAUUCCGAAGCGGAUCUUCCACUCCCCGCAAGGGCUGCAGUAUUUGAACCUGACGGGAAACUUGUUGACGAGUGUUCCUGAGGCGUUGGACUACGCGAUCAAUCUGAAGUGGCUCAGUUUGGACGAGAAUCCGAUAGAGAGUAUUCAGGGGGAAGGCGUAUUCCCGGCGAUCAAGACAUUGGAGUACCUGAGCCUUUCCUACAUUACGCCGUUGAAGGUGAUUGGACGCGGGGCGUUCAGCAAGUUGGAAGGUCUCAAGGAGAUACACAUUUGCAACAAUCCGGAGCUGACGCAUCUGCACGGAGAAGCGUUCAGCCGGGCCAACGCGGACGAUCCGGGGCGAAUGGAGUGGCCCCGAGUGAAGCAGCUCUACCUGCAUAACAACAAUCUGAGUAUGUUGGACUCGCAGCUGCUGGCCCGGUGGGACGACAUGGAGGUGAUUGACGUGCGGGUCAACCCGUGGUUGUGCGACUGCGACAACCAGUGGAUGGUGGAGACCCUGCUGGCGAUCAUCGAGAAGACGACGCCCAAAAUCAUGAACAAUAUUGUAUGCGCCGCCCCUGAUCAGAUGAAGGGCCUUUCGAUGGUCGACCUGGAGCACAAGCACAGCCAGAUGCGUUGCCUGGACAAGUACGGCAACAGGCCGCAGAACGAUGGCGCUCUGUUGAUUGGCCUGCUGAUCGGCAUCUUGGCGGGCAUUCCCCUCACCGCGGCGGUCAUCAUGAUCUACCGGCGGGGUUGUUUCGGCCUGGUCCGCCGGGGACCGGCCGACUUUUCGCGGGCUUUCUACACCCGUGCCACCAACGACGAAAACUUCUAGUUCGUCAGCAAUUGAUUGUGCCAAAUAAUAGUAGGUCUCCAUAGAGUGAGACGAUUUCUAAGUCAGGGUUUGUGAUGACAUUUUAGUUAUGCCUUUCCAUUCAAGAUAGUGUUAGUAGGCUAUGACUUCAUCAGUGAUUAGUGUUAAGGUGUGUGUGAAGAAGCAUCCAAGUGAGCCAUAAUAAAAUCGAUUACAGGGAGUAUUUCUCUGACAGUGAC